CUCAUUUUGUCUUGUUUAAGUGUCAUCUAUACAAACACAUACACAUUAGCUGUUUUUAAGAAAAUAUAAGCAUUCACCUACAAAUAUUAUGAUUUUUGUAUUCCUAAUACGAUGGAUAGGAUAUUUUUGUUUUCAUUUAAAUCUAGUUGGUUCUACAUUCGGAAUUGAAAGUGAUCCGGAGAUAUAUAUGAAUAUUAGUGAAAUAAUACGGAGACAAGGAUAUCUAGUUGAAGAACAUGAAAUUACUACCAGUGAUCAAUACAUUCUGUGUUUAAUUAGACUUUACACAAACCAGUCAGUUUAUCAAAAGCGUAAAGUUGUUUUAUUGCAACAUGGAUUGUUGGACUCGUCACAUGCAUGGGUUAUGAAUUUGAAAAAUCAGAGUUUAGGAUAUAUCUUGGCUGAUUAUGGGUAUGACGUGUGGCUAGCGAACAGCAGAGGCAAUACAUAUUCAAAAAAACAUAAGCAUCUUGAUUCAAGUCAAAAAGAAUAUUGGGAUUUUUCAUGGCAAGAAAUGUCAAGUUAUGAUUUUCCGGCUACAAUCAGACAUAUUAUAUCUGUUACCAGGAUGAAACAACUAAGCUAUAUUGGAUUUUCUCAGGGAUCACUUAUCGCCAUGACGGCAUUAGAUGAUAACCCGGAAUUACAGUCAAAUAUUAAUUUAUUUAUAGCCUUUGGUCCAGUUGGCUAUUUCGCAAAUGUUAAGGGCAUUUUCCUCCCACUAGUUCAUCAUUAUGUAACUGCUCAGUUUGUCCUAGGAUAUUUAACACGUGGUGAAGUUCUGCCGUCGGAUCAUUACAUGAAGAUUUUGGGGAAGUAUGUUUGCGGGUUUUACCCGAAUUUGUGCAUGUCAGUUAUUGACAGCAUUGCUGGAAACGAUGGAUUCAAUACUAAUUUGACACGUCUUCCACUUACUAUCGCCCACUCCCCAGCAGGAACGUCGAUUAAAAAUCUAGUCCAUUUUAGCCAAUACACUUAGAAGAAACAGAUGUUAUGUGGGGUGGUCAAUUCCGGUAACAGGUAUCCUAAUUUUAGACUGAAUAAAUUCGAUCAGUAGGAGUUGUUAUCAUGAUUAAACAAAUCGUUAGCAACAAUUUUGACUAUACCUACAGCACGUAGUGCGAGUACCAGUGUGGCUGUGUUGGGGGUCGAUAAUUAAAAGGAACCUGUUACUUUUUCACUGAAACUAUCUACAAUAACAACAAUCCUCACGAUCGAAUCUCCCCUGUUUAUUUGCGAUGUAACUCUUUUAUUUCAAAAGACCAUACAUGGAUGUAUAAAAUGUAACACAGAUGGGAAGAUAACGACUUGUUUCUCGAUAAAAUAAAUUCGCAUAUCAUUAUUAUACUUUUAUUUUUAACUAGAAAAACUUUACAUUGAUUAAUGGCUCAAACUUAGAUCAUUUUUAAUCGACUUACAGUUGAUCAAUCAAUAAGCUAUUAAGGGAAAUCCAUGAAUAAAUAUUACAGAAAUAGUAGUGUUACAAGCACUAAAAUUAGCUUGUUAACUGAAUCUUACGCUUGACCCCGUUCCUCACAAGUCCCUCUGUAAAGAGACUUUUCUUUUAGGAUGUUUUCAGUUCUGAUGGCAUCCAAAUCGACCUUAAAGAUUAAACCCCAAUUCCUUUGUUAUAGUUAUAUGCUAGGGUAAUCAUUAAAUAAGGUUGCGUUCUCAAAAGCACAAAUUAAUAAAGGUGAGUAUCAGAGGGCCGAUUUGAUGAAGUAAUAAAAUUGAUGCCAUUAAUACACCAACUGAUAAACUAAAUAUUAUGAGUCACAGGCGGACAUGGAAAUGGAGAUUUAAUAGUGUGAUGUAGAUAUAAAUGCUAUUGACCAUUGUAAAUUCUUAUUACGCAGUUUAAUAAGUUUAAAUGUGCAAAUUCAAACUGUCUACUAUUCAUUGUAAGUAGUCCACAAACGACCUGUUCCGAAAAUAUUCUGCAAACAGUUUAGUGAAUACUGCUGCCUGCUUGGACUUCUUUUCUAUGCUGAGGUUGGAUUCCUGUAACGAAUUAUCCAAUUCUGUAUUCACUUAAACUCUGUUUCAUUUGUAGACCAAAAAGAAUUUCAAUAUCCUCAUAUGAGGGUUACUAUUAUGUCGUUUGAUUUAGGAAGAUCUUUCAUAACGGACCUGCUGACGUCCCAUUGUACAAUUAUGAAAGUCAGACUAGUGUAAUUUCCUCGAACGUAGGUGGUGAGUACUUUUAGUUCGUUUCCAUUCUCUAUGUAGAAUGGUGACUAUGAUAGACAGUCAAAUAGAGUUGGGACUUACAGAUUGAUUUAGAUGCAAAAAGCAUCCUCUUUACAGUACGUCUGAAUAUAUUCCUCGAGAUUCUGGUAAAGUCAAAGGUUCUUAAUCAAUCAUGAUAUUUGGUGAGUUAAAUGACGGACGAAGUUUGUUCAAUUUGUUAAGGUUUUCCAUAUACGAAUUUUCCUGUUUGUUUUUCAUCAGAAUCAAAGUCAAUGAAAUAGUUGUACUGAAUUUUGAAACUUGAACUUUGUAUGUCCAAGUGCACAAAGAUUGAGAGAUUUUGAAUUUUUCAUCGGAUUUCGUAUGAGGUACACUGCUUCAAUAAUUUCAGAUUCUGAAUUAUAGAUAAUAUGGAAAUUUUUCACCUGGCCUACUAUCAUGUAGAGGGGGAUUCUUGCCUCUCACAGUCUUGUAUUCAGAGAGUAGAAUUGGUGGGUCUAUUGAAUUCGGAUUCGACAAAAAGGCCUGAUAUUCAUAUUUUUUGCGCCGAAAUGUCUGCUUCAUUAGAGUCACAGCUAGAGGUUUAGGUGAUACUGCAUUUGACAAACCGGUAGAUGCCGUAGGUAAGAUAUGAUCCGUUGUGUUUGUCAACGUAAAUAUCUGAUCAUUUAUUAUUCUGAUCAAACACUUUGCAAAUAGCUAAGAUUUAUCUGGAACGUGAUUGGAUUCCGUUGACUGCCUUUGUGAUAAUUUCAUACAUCGUACGACGACGCAAGUUACAUUUCGCUGUUCAGCAUUCCGUAAAUCCCCAUACCUUCUUAUUAAUCACUUUCUCUUUUCUGAAGUUAUAAAUAUUCCCUAUACAGAAAAUCAUCAUCCUUGUCUCUUUUCAAGUACUCUAAUUUCGUUUUAAUUCAUUGCGUUUAAAUACAUUGGGUACUAUCCGAACUCUACCCAAAUAAGUCAUUUUAAAACAAUCAGAUAUUAAUUUAUCUGAUACCUAAUCACACAUUCCAUUAGUUAGUCGUAAUUUAGUUAAAUACAAUAAUACCUACUACCACUUGGGAGUUUACGCGAGUAAAUCAUUUUAAAACGUAUAACCGGUUAUCUUUUAUUUGCGCUAUUUUGUUGCUCACUUAUAUGUGAGUAGCUCUUAUUGGAUUGGACACAAGUCAGGUCAUUCUGCUUGUAUUAUACGGUGACCAAAAUACAUAAGAUUUUUGCAAAUUUAUCUGAUCACUACAACCCCAGUUUGAAAUGCUUUUUGAGUUUUUAUUAUUAUAUUAUUUCGAAUUUUAUUUAUGAGUAUGGGUUGUUGUUGUUGUUCUUUUAUCAUCAUAUACUCGGUAGAAUUAAAUCAUAUCUCAGCUGGUUUUACAUCUUUUAGGGAAGUGGUUUUUUUAUGUCAUAAAGACCUAGAUUUUCUCAAGCAUUUAAUAUCAUAAUGAAGCGUUAUGAUAUGUUGAUCACAUCUGGUGUGAAUAGUGAGUCUUUCACCGCUCCCAAAAUUUAUUCAUUUCACACAAUACUAAAGUGAUUAUGUCACAUAACGCGUGUUUUCUUGGACGUGAACGGAGUACAAACCAUUAGUAGAAAGACCGUGAAACAUUUUGUUUGAUUAUCAGUAGCUAUUUAUAAGAUGAAAAUUUUUUUGUAAACGUUUCAUGUUUUAUGACAGAGACAAAUAAAAUAUCUAUGGAAGAAGCACAAAACAUUUUUUGUAACGUAUAUUAAGCGAUGUAAUAGAUAGAGAAAAUUUUGCGACUUCGAAUGGUACAACUAGAGGUGAAAGAUAGUCAGAUCAGAUCAACUUAACUGGAAUUAUAAAAAAGAGAUUCUUACAAAAACUACAUUACUUUGUUUCUUCAAACUUCAUGUUCGAGAUCAUAACUAGUCUUCAUUUGGAACCUCUGCCACUCGUAACUACAAACUAAAGUACUCUCAUUAAUUAAUUUUGUUUUAUAAAUACUCUCAUGUUUCUCGAAUGAAUUCAUUUCAGUAAAUUGUAAGUCAGUAAAUGAUUUGUAAAGGUCGAUGUGUUAUGACUCAUCUUAACAAUUUUGCAUAUAAUUUAUGCCUCUCAUUUAAUUUUUUGUACGAAGUAAGUAAGUCCUCUAUGUAUUUGAUUGUUUAACUCAAUGGAUGUUAUGUUUACCAGAAUAUUUAAGCAUAAAUAAACAUAUAGAACCAAGUUCAGAUAGACGCGUUAGUGAUAGUUAAACUCAGGCAUUCAUCAGAAAUACCUUAUUACAUCAGCGUUAGAAAAUCUAUUGGAUCAUAUUAACCUUUCAAGUGUAUCUUAUUUAUAUUGUGGUGCAUAGUGAAGCGAUAAUUCUUUAUUGUUUUAGUAAAUAGUCCCUUAAUUACCAUGAACUAAUUUAUUAAACAGUGAAAAAAAAAUUUUCGGACAUUUUUAUAGAUGAUUGACAGUCAUCUGCUACAGAAAUUUGACUACGGACAGUAUAUGAAUAGACAUAUUUAUGGUCAAGACGAUCCUCCUUCAUACACUCUGAAAAACUUUAACAUCCCAACAGUCAUUUAUCAUGGAGGAAAUGAUCAUUUAUGUACAAAUGAAAGCAUUGAUUUACUUAAACAAAGAAUUAACAAAACUAUCAUCUCUGUGAACUAUAUUGAAAAUUAUAAUCAUUUAGGCUACUUCUGGAGUACAAAUGCUGUAGACCUAAUUUACUCAUCGUUACUUAGAUUAAUGGAGAAAUAUCAAGAAUAAGAUUUUAAGAAGUUGACAGUUAUCUCUAUCCAAUAAACCAAAUUGUCUAUUUUCUUCUUUUCGUUUAAUAUCUGUCAAGAUUUUUAAUGUUUUAUUGAUAGUAAUAACGAGAAAAUGUAGCUAUCGA